AUGGGGCAGCAACGUCGGCGGCGAUGUGGUGGAGGUGCGACAUCGGUGAACGUGGAACCGGGGCCACUGCGGGGUGAUCGGGAACAAUGUCGGCGGCGAGGUGAUCUUGACGGGGCGUCGGCGGCGGCGAGGUCAAUCGCGUGCGACGCUGAAUUAGGUCAAGCGACGUGCUGGACCAGCAUGCACGACGGGUCAACCGGGUCGGGGGCGUGGGCGUACGGCGUCACGAGGCGACGAUUUUCCACAUCAGCGGUGGCGACGUGGCGAGGCGGGACGGGGCAGACCGGCGUGGUGACGUACUUAAAAAACAUUUCAUUUUUACGUGAACCCCCUCGCAAUCACCCUCGCCUCCCCACCACCAGCAACAGGCUCUCCGCCACCGCCCGCCUCCCCGCCGUCGCCCCUCGCCGGCGCGCCCUCCUGGCCGCCCGCGCCCUCGGCCUCGGCCUUCUCGGACCGCCGCGGCCACGCCGGCAGCCGGCCCGCGCUAUACGGGAUCGCCUGGUACAUCUCGACCGAUCGGCCUCGAAAGGAGAGGGCAGAGCGACGACGACCUCGUCCCUGGUGACCGCGGCGGCGUGCUCGGCCUCGUCGGCGACCUCGUGCACGGCGAUGGCGACGGCCGCCUUCGUGGUCGUGUCCCCACACUUCCGAGUCUCAACCCACCACCCCUCUUCUCUCUCCCCCGCCGUAGCCGGCCGCACCGCUCUUGUCCCCCGCCUAGCUGUUGCAGCACGCCGGCGCCUCCCCCGAGCCCUGCCGCCCUGCGGCCUCCCGCUGGUCCCGGCCUCCGACCACUGGGGCAACUGGACGGUGCUCCUGUCGGCGGCCGCGCUGGGCGUUUGGUCCGAGAAAAGCACCGGCGCGGGCAAGGCGCUGAGCAGCGCGCUGGUGACCGUGCUGCUCGGCCUCGCCGCCAGCACGGCCAGCCUCGUCGCCGCCGACGCCCCCGCCUACCGCGUGGUCCUCGACUACCAGCUCCCGCUGGCCGUCCCGCUCCGCCUUUUCCGCGCCGACCUCCGCCGCGUCCUCCGCUCCUCCGGCGCCCUCCUCCUCGCCUUCCUCCUCGGAUCCGUGGCGACGACGGCGGGCACGGUGGUGGCGUUCGUGCUGGUCCUGAUGCGGUCCCUCGGACAGGACCGCUGGAAGAUCGCGGCGGCGCUCAUGAGCCGGCACAUCGGAGGAGCCGUCAACUACGUCGCCGUCGCGGAGGCCCUGCAGGUGACCCCGUCGGUGCUGGCGGCAGGGCUGGCCCCCGACAACGUCAUCUGCGCGCUCUACUUCACCACGCUCUUCGCGCUAGCCGCCAAGAUCUCCGCCGAAGAGGCUCCGCACCCGAAACCGAAAGCAGCCAACGCGAACGGCGAGCCCGCUCCGGCUGCCGGUGCCGUCGGCGGCGACAGGCUGCCGGUCUUGGAGAGCGCGACGACGAUGGCCGUGUCGUUCGCGAUAUGCAGAGCGGGCAAGCACAUGGCAACCCUGAUGGGCGUACAGGGCGGCGGCCUCCCUUGCAUCACGGCGAUCGUGGUGGCGCUGGCGACGCUGUUCCCGUCCCGCAUCGACAGGCUCGCCCCCGCCGGCGAGGCCAUGGCCGUGGUGCUCAUGCAGGUGUUCUUCGCCGUGGUGGGGGCCAACGGCAGCAUCCGCAACGUCGUCCACACGGCGCCCGACAUCUUGGCGUUCGCGUUCGUGCAAAUCGCCAUGCACCUGAUGGUGAUCAUGGGCGCCGGGAGGAUGCUGUGGAUGGAGAGGAAGCUCGUGCUCAUCGCGUCCAACGCCAACGUCGGCGGCCCGACCACCGCCUGCGGGAUGGCCACCACCAAGGGCUGGGCCUCCCUGGUGGUUCCCGGGAUCCUGGCCGGCAUCCUUGGGAUCGCCAUCGCCACCUUCCUCGGCAUCGCCUUCGGCAUGUUUGUCCUCAAGCACAUGUAA